AUGCGCAUAGGCCAGUACCUGCUUCCGAGCUGCCAACUCUUGUACUUCAUGCAGCUUGUGCCCACUCUUGCUCUUAAAGAAAGCAAGCGGGACAAUCUCGACGUACUGAACCAUACGACAUACCAUAUCUUCCAAUAUCGCUGCAUUCCUCAGUGGCUGCUGCGGAUAGCGCUUGUGCAAGGCAUGAUGCAGAUCAAACAUAUUCUUGAGCACUUCGCGAUAGCUGUCUGUCUCGUAGCUCAUGGAUGCCGAAGUGAGGAAUUGAAUGAUGGCUUGUGUAGAGGUGAUGAGGUGCUCUAUGCGCUUGAGCGUUGCAAAAGGCUUGUCAAUGGCCACGUCCUGCUCGAGGCUGAAGUUGUCAAAGGAGCAUUGCGAUGCUCUCUUGAUGCGAUUCAUGUGCUAAUUUCGGCAAGUGCUAGUAUUCAGGAAGCGCUGAUAUACGCGAACACAGACAAGACUGCGACUGUACUCAAUGAAGGGCCCGAUGCGAGCAAGAGAGGAUGCCUGCCAAAAUUUGACGGCUCAGGAUCCAGCUCAAGCUCAAGCUGCGAUCUGGCUCAACCAACUCCUGCUGCAGGCCAGCUCGCUUCUAUGGCAGAAGCAACUGCAUCCAGAGGCAGUCCUGCCAAGCUGCAAAAGUCAAAGGCCGCAAUAGAGACCGUGAUUGCUGCUUGUAAAGCUGGAGAAGGCACUGCUCCUCUCAUAGAAGGAGUCGCUUCAAUUGACUUGGCUGCUCUCUCAAAGGAUCUGGGGAUACUACUCCAUGCACAAUGUACAAAGUUGUCUCUUGCUGCAAAGCCUCCGCGUACUCAGGAUGCCGUACUGGCAUGCGUUGAUGGAAUCAUUAAGCUGCUACCAGCAUUCUCGAUGCUAGCUACGUCUCUUCGCAGGGCUAUACACAGCGCUGCAGUUGCUGACCAUAUCCGCAACAAUAUUCACUAUGCAAUGAUUGGCAGCAGGUCUCUGAUCGAGACGGCCUUGGAUCCAGAAGCCUCUGUUGCUCGUCUCGAACAGACGGGAAUAUUAUGGGAGAGUUGUGUCAAGCUACAGCACGUGACGAAGGCUGAUGCUUGCGUGUCUCUGAAGAUCAAAGAGACAAGUGUUAUGCUUAAUGAUGCUAUCGAGGAUCUAGAAUCGUUCGCAGCUGGUGAUGAAGAAGACUUCGAUGAUUCUGCAUCUGAAUCUUCAGAGGCCGAAGUCUCGACUUCCAUAGAGAAGAACCAGGAGACCUUAGAUGAGAUCCAACGCCGGAUUUCCAUACUACGACGCACCCAGCUCCUACUCAAGGCUAUUGUGAAGAGACGCGUUCCUGGUGCAUCAGUCGAUGUUCUCAACCAGAUCUACGACAACUUGAUUGCUUUGAUUGUCGAGGUGGACGAUUUUGCAUGUGAGGUGCAAGAGGCUGCUGAUGAGGCCUACAUCAUGGAACUGGAAAAAUCUGUUCUUCACCGCGUCGAGGCUUUACUUACAGCUGCACUCAUGGACAACGAAGAUCCAAAAUGGGCUGAGUGGAUUGAGACAUUUCGCAAGCGUUGGCUCGAGAAGAAGGACAACAAACUGGUCAAGCACUACGCAUCUUGUCCAAGCUACUCUGACUUUCUCGAGAACCAUCUCAAGCCGCUGAAGCCCUGCAUAAUCGACAAUCUUACAGACGACUGGCCAGCUCAGCGUCAAUGGGUCAGUCUGCUUGAUGGCAAGCUUGUACCGCACUAUGACUACCUUUCGACCACGUUUGGUCAAGAGCAAGUCAGCAUCACAAGGGGCGAAAACGAGCCUACUACUGGCAUAUUUGAGGAGUUUCUGUCCCACAUGCGCAAAGGCCACACUGCUUAUGCGCGCGAUAUACAUUUGUUCAGACGCUACCCGGCAACAGCAAUGUACACUGUUCCCAAAAUAUUCGAAGACGACUGGCUCAAUUUCUACCUCGACGGCUGUUCUAACGAUGACUAUCGUUUCGUAUACAUCGGAAGUGAUGGCACCAAGACUAGGCUACACAAAGAUGUUGUCGCCUCGCAUAGCUGGAGCACAAAUCUGACUGGCACCAAAAUUUGGACACUCGUUCCACCAGUUUCAGCGGUCUAUCUGCUGGAUAAAGACGGUGAGAGCCCAUCGGAUUUGAACACGGUUGAAGAAGCCUGGCGAUGGCCGCAGCUGCACCUUGCUCGCGAAGCAGCGAUUGUUGUUGAGCAACUGCCUGGCCAGACUAUCUUUGUGCCCUCCACCUGGUACCACUCAGUCGUGAAUGUUGGCCCAACGCUGUCGAUCAAUCAGAACUGGAUCAAUGCCCCGUGCCUAAUGCCCAUGUUUGACAAUUUGGUUAAAGAAGUAUCGUUGUCGGCGAAUGCGAUCUGCGAUUUGAAGUCGGACGGUAUUCUCAAUGACACGGCUUUUGCAGAAACUGUCCAAGAACUGACUCUUCAAAACGCUGGCAUGAAUUAUCUCCUCUUCUUCAACAUCAUAGAGUACCGUCUGCGUUGUGCGAAAGAGUAUGUGACGCAUAGACCAGAUCCUGCCUACGAAGCUGCGAUUCUACGCACAAUUUGUUCAAAGUGGCAAAAAAUGGAGGCAGCUUUAUAUCUGACUGAAGUGAACGCGCUGGUGGAGAGAAUUAUAGCACUGCUGUAG